UGUCCAGAUCGAACCCUCCUUUGAUCAGCAGCAGUUGCACGGAUUGACUUCUCAAAACUGAUCUUUCCUGAGAAAGCCCGGAGGAAGAAGAAAGAAAGAGGUGUCCAGAAUGGCUCUGUUCCAGGAAGUGCUGUCAUUCAAGGACGUGGCCGUAGAAUUCUCUCAGGAGGAGUGGGACUGUCUGGACCCUGCUCAGAGGACUUUGUACUGGGAUGUGAUGUUGGAAAACUACAGCAACUUGGUCUCCCUAGAAGUCUCUCUUUCUGAGAUGAAUAUUAUCUCCAUUUUGAGGAAGGGCGCCGCAGAAGAACCCUGGACUGUGGAGAACAAGGUGAAAACGGUGAGAAACCCAGAUGUCUCUCCAUGUAUGACUGAGGAAUUACCACCAAAAGAGAUCAUUAACGAAGGAAAAUUAUUGCAGACAGUCAUGUUAGAAAGACCUGACUAUCCUGGCAUCGAGGAUUUUGACUUCAGGCAAGUUAGGCAAAAUGCCCCUGAGUUUGAGAGUCAGUGGGGAGAUGAGGAAAGAAAUGGCAAAGGAGUGAUUAUGACCUGUGACAACGAGACCCCGGUUAGAAGGGAACCACAUACGACAAGACGUGAAGGAAACAAGUGUAUGCCAUGCUUUGAAAAUAAGAUUGAACUAAGCUUUCAGUCACGCCUGUCUGAACUGCAGCACAGGUACCACCCUGGAGAGAAAGUGUACGAAUGUUGGCAAGUAGAGAAGUCUACAAACAAUAGUUCGGUUUUACCAUUUCAAAGAAGUCCUCCUACUCUGAAUACCAACAUCUUUAACGAAUAUGGGGAGGUUUUCAUGCAUCCAUCAUUACUUAAACAACAACAUCCCAAAACUCACCUUACAGAACAACUCUACAAUUAUGAAUAUGGGAUGGAUUUUAGCCAAAGGUCAUUAUUUACCAAUCUUCAGGGAAUUCAUUCUGUGCAGAGACUUUACAAAGGUAAUGAGUGUGACAAGGCCUUUCAUUGUGGAUCAAAAAUUACUAAGACUGGAGAGACCCCAUAUAAAUGUGAAGUAUGUGGCAAGUUCUUUCGGCAAAAUUCAAACCUUGCAAAUCAUCUGAGAAUUCAUACUGGAGAGAAACCUUAUAAAUGCAGCGAAUGUGGCAAAGCCUUUCGCUGGCGCUCAGUUCUCACUAAGCACGUAAGAAUCCAUACGGGAGAGAAACCAUACAAAUGCAUUGUGUGUGAAAAGGCUUUUAUCCAAAGAGCAAACCUUGUGAAACAUCACCGGAUUCAUACAGGAGAGAAACCUUACAAAUGUAAUGAAUGUGGUAAGGCUUUUAUCAAUAAGUCAAGCCUUGUAGAGCAUCAAAGAAUUCACACUGGGGAGAAACCAUACAAAUGUAAUCAUUGUGGCAAAGCCUUUAAGUGGGGCUCUAAUCUUACUAGCCACCUGAGAACCCAUAAUGGAGAGAAAUUAUUUAAAUGUAACGUAUGUGGUAAGUUCUUUACUCAGAAUUCAAGCCUUAUAACUCAUUAUAGAAUUCAUACUGGAGAGAAGCCUUAUGAAUGUAAUUAUUGUGGUAAGGCAUUUAUCCAUAAUUCAAGUCUUGUGGAACAUCAGAGAAUUCAUACUGGAGAGAAGCCUUAUAAAUGUAGUCAGUGUAGCAAAACAUUUAAGUGGGGGUCAGUCUUCGCUAAACAUCAGCGAAUCCAUACCGGAGAGAAGCCAUAUAAAUGUAAUGUAUGUGGCAAGCUCUUUACUCAGAGUUCAAGCCUCACAACUCAUUAUAGAAUUCAUACUGGAGAGAAACCUUAUGAAUGUAAUGAAUGUGGCCAGGCAUUUAUUCAUAGUUCGAGCCUUGUGUAUCAUCAGAAAAUUCAUAUUGGAGAGAAGCAUUGUAAGCGUGUUCAGUGUGCCCAGACUUUUACCCAAAGUACAAGCUUUAUGGAAAAUCAAAAAAAUCAUGCUGGCGAGGAACUUUGCAAAUGUGAUGAGUGUGGUAAGGAAUUCAUUCAUUCAUACCAGUCAGUUAAUGAGCGACUCCGUACUGGAGAGAAAAGGUACAAAUGUAAUGAAUGUUGGAAAGCCCACUUCUCACUCGAUAUCAGAGAGUCCAUUAUAGAACAAAAUCUUAUAGAUGUGAAAUAUGUGGCAGAGUCCCUGGGUGGUGCAAACAGUUAACCACGCACCUGUCACUGAGCACGUGGGUUUUGAGGUCCACCCCGAGGCACCUUCGAAGAGAGGGGUGGGGAUUUACCUCUGCAAAGUCAGCAGUUCUUUCCUUUCCUGGGAGAGAGGACUCCCUCCCCUGACAGACGUGAGGUCUCCAUGAGUCGCAGCUGACUUGAUGGCAGCCGGUAGCAGGUGUGGCAAAAUCAUAACCAUGAGUUGCUCAUUCUAUUUAGAUUUGUUCUUUCUGUUACUUUCUCCCUCCACUUCACAUUAAUUUAUAUAUUUUGUUUACUUUUUAUUCAAGUGUGCUUCUAGGGAACAUGUAGAGAUCUGUAAAGUAUCUUUUGAAAGUUACGUGAAAACACAAGGCCAUUGUAAAUACAAAGUACAUGCUCUAUAAAUAUGAACACAGCUAGUCCCUUUAAAUCUUUAGUUCAGUGAAUUAGUAUAAAAAGAUGAAGAUUCAUGAGUUUCCCUUAAUGUACACAGUGGGAAAGUUUUUGUUUUUUUUACUUGUAAACAAAGAACUUUAUAUAGUGUUUAUAUAUUCACCUAAAGUAAUUUUCUUUUUUUUUUUUCACCUCAAGUAAUUUUCAUUAAUUCCACUGUGACCAAUAUACAGGAACAAGAUGAACUCUGAUUUUCCUAGGACUGCCUUAAUAGAGUACCAAAAACUGGGUAGCUUCAAACCACUGAAUAUUAUUCUCAGUGUUGGAAGCUAGAAGUCCAAAGUCGAGGUAUUAGCAGGUUUGGGCCCUCUGGAGAAGCUAAGAGAGGCUGUUCCCUGCCGCUUCCAGCUUCUGGAGGUGGCCAGCCCUCUGGCAUUCUUGGCUUGUGAUGAUUCAUUCUAUUCGUCUCGUUGUGAUCUCUGUCGGGGUCUUUAAACAAACAAAAAAGCAAUUAUAAAGAGAGAAAGGAUCAUCUUUAUCAUCUUGACUGAUUAAAUCUGCUAUAGCCCUAUUUCCAAAUGAGGGUGUGUCCACAGAUAACUGGCAGUGAAGACUUAAGCGUGUCUUCCUGAGGUCACCAACAAACAGUCCCCAUCCAAAUCUGCUAGGAAUGUUGACAAGCACUCCCACACAACAAGGGACGUAAAAAUGUUACCAAAUUAGAAAGGGGGAAGGAAGGUGAUUUGCUUUAAAAAAAAAAAAAGAAUUAUGUGGUUAGAGGGUGAGGCUAAUGUGAGUAUACAAGUAUGUGUGAAUUAAACUUCUCGUGGUGCCGAAAGAGAGACCAUAAAUCACAUUUUAUUAACUUGUAGAAGGAGAAGACAUAAGAAUUGUUCGUAGUCAGACCUCAGAAAGUGGAUUCUGGUUCUUGAAAACAACACUGCAUAUGUAUUCUGGAAGCUCCCAACUCCUUGAUUGGUUGGGGAAACCAGUUUUCCUCAUGAAAAUAUCUUAAUGCAUGAUCGUUCCUAGAGCACACAUUGGCCCCUUUGCACAAUACGAUUGUUGAAAAGUGAUGUAAAAUAUCGUUUCGAUAAACUGAGGUACUUUUAUAGCUUCGUGAAAAUUAACACCCAGACAUGUCUUCUUGAGUGAAACGUGGAUCAGUAAUGUUACUCAAAAAGGAAUUUGUCAAACACUAUGACUAUAUCCAUUUGAAUUGUGUUGGGGAUAUUUUCUUUUUCAACUCUGACUUCAAGUCGCUUAUAUUCUGGGAUAACCCAGUAGAGUGCAUUUAAGGGAAUAGAGUGACAGGGUAUACUAGUUUUAAAUGUUUUCUCAAGUUAUAAGUGUAUGAUAAGGUUAUAUCUGAACCCAACCCUAACAGACUGGGCCAGGCAUUGACAAGGUGGGAAAGUUGAAGUCUGUCUUCUGGCCAAACUCUUCCGUGUGACCAUUCAGGCCUCACACUGUAGGGCAGACCUACUAGGAGUCUCCCUCCACCCACUACGCUUGGUGCACAGGCAGGGCUGUGCCAUGUUCUGGGGAGAUUGCAGUCAAGGACUCAGCCACUCGCCUCCAGAGUAACCAGAAGGUACCUCAUCCGGGAUCUCCUUAAUGGGAACCUUGGUGAGUUUUUUUCUCUGAACUUUUUGCUUGCUGUAUCUGGCUCAGUAAAAAAGCCUUACUGUUAUUCAUAUUUUAGUUCUUUACCCUAACUGACCCCUUCAAAGCCGAAUUGCUCACCAUAGAGGACAUAGGAGAAGAUCCCCCAGAUAGGAAAGACGGAAGAAUGUCCUAGAUGUGUGUUGCUGAGUGUGUGGUACGAAGUUCCUGUUACCGAAACCAAACCUACUGCCAUCAAGUCAGUUCCGACUCACAGUGGCCCUAUGCAGGCUUUCCAACAGUGUAAAUCUCUGCAGAAGCAGGCAGCCUCCUCUUUCUCCAGUGUCUGAUAAAAGACGUAAAAUUAGACAUUUCUGGAAGUUGCCACGUUUUACAUGUAUAAACUUGUUGGGUAUGGUUUUGCUUAUUUGCUCCAUUCUAACAAGAACACAGGCAGCCCUAAAAAAGUUUUUCCUGCUAGCCCAUAUGGGGAAUAUAUUGGACAAAUUCAUGUAGGGCAGCCUCAAUAUGUCAGCAAGGAUUUGGAGGUAAAAAUGAAUGAAUAGGGAAAAAUAUCAUUCAUCAACUAUAUAAGGGAUUUGAUCCCAGUUGUGAAGACUUGUUAUGCUUGUGGUGGCAGAUUGUUUUAUACAGAAGUGAUGGCCUAAUCACGCUGUUAGUGAUUCAGCUGAGAUCCAGUGUCUGCUUUGAAGUAUUUCUUCGUAUGGUUUUGGGAUUUACUAUCAUCUCUCAUGAUUUAUGCUCCUUGAGCAGUGAUGAUCAGUACGUAGGCAUAUGUGCCCUGAACCGGCAAGCUCAGCAUGAAAUCCUGCCUGCAUCGUUUAUUUUAUGAAUUGAGGCUGGUUGAAAUCAUAUGAGGACCGAGGCACUGGCAAUCUGUGGUGCCCCCUCCUCUGCUUACUCAUGCGUUCAAACAUGAUAUGUGAAUUAUAUCUAGGGGCUUCAAGAACUUUGUAGGGAGAAACUUUCAAUUCCACUUUCCACAAAUUCUUGAUGCCUCUUCAUAUAUGAUGUAUGUGUAUAUAUAUAUGUGUAUAUAUGUGUGUAUUUGAACUGAUGUAACUUCUUUUUAAUGCAACUAUAGUAGUGAUUGAACAUAAAAGUGGUGUGUGCCACCUUAGCAGAAUGAGAUGAACUGAAUUUUAGAACUUUGUGGUUGUGGGUACUAAAGUCUUUCCCAUAAGCCACAUUUUCUAUGAAAGUAAUAUUCCACAGUAUUCUAUUAAAUUAUUGCCCAUGUUAGUAUUAAGCAUAUGCUAGAUUGUGUUCGUGUGUAUGCCAAACAUUUUAAAGUUCAAGUUAUAAAUCUUGUUUACAAAGCGUAGGACAUUACUCGUAAAUGCUUUAUGUUAAAAAAUAACUUGGUUGAUUUUAUUGCAGUGAUCAACUUAGAUUCACUCACAUUUGCUCACCAUCUGGGACUGAGUUCUCAUUAGUUUGCCAAGAGUGUGCAAGAGCAUACCCUUGGGUUUGUGUCUCUGCAAAGAGUGUUGCUGGCUUUCCUGGCUGGUGUUGCUGGAUCAGCAGACAUGGAUGUACAAGACAGUUCUCUCACAAUGAAGCAGAGACCGGUUAUGUAGUACCACAGCCCAAACUUGGAUCCAGUUGCAUGUUGGGUAAAUGUACCAAGAGUUAGAGUCAACAGCGUACUCCACCUCUUCUUUUGUAAAAAGAAAUUAUAUGCCCCCAAGACACCGACUGAGAUAAGGAAUUUCUGUUGCAAUGGAAGGGACUGAUAUCAUUACCACAGCUGAAGCCAUUUUCAUUCCUCAGUUCCUUUCCAGUGCAGUGCUUGCUUCACCUUGUGUCCUGUCUGCUUGGUGUUUAUGGGUCUUUGUUUUGGACAACGAGUGCCCAUGUGUUCUUGAUUCCCUAAGUGUGACCUUACCUUGGUCAUUAGGCAGUCAGUCUCUAGAGUUAGUGUUGCAUGCAGUAAUUCUGUGUGCCUUCUCCCCUCCUAUGAAAAGCAGUUGUAAUUUAUCUCAAGGACUGAAAGAGUUGGUCUGCUUGAAGUCCUUAGCGUAUUACUUGGCUUAUUUUUUUUUUUUAAUUCAAACCUAAAACUUACAUAUUCACUUUAUAAGUUUACUUGCACAAUUGUAACAAAGUGAAGAGAGUAUUUUAUACACUUGGAGCUUUGAACCAUGUGGUACUAAUUGCCAGAUAUUGAAACGGCAUACUGGUACAAUCGUGGUGGGUAUACAAGGGUAAGUAAAAAGUAUUGUUACUAGGGUUCCAGUGAAUGCAUGCCCAGGUUCAUUCCAAAUAAAAUGUAUUUAAACAUGUCUUGGUGAUUAGUGGAUGACUGCAAACAAGGUCUUUUAGAAAUACACUUGUCUUAGUGUCCUUGAGGUGCCUUCACACGUGCGCACACACGCACACGCACACCAAGUCCUAUCAGAACAGUGAUGUCUGAUAGGGAUCAGCUGGGCCCGUGUUGUUCAAGGUAGAGAAGCCUGCCUGCAAGAUUAUAGCAACGUCAUCGGGAUUCCCAAGUAGUCAUCUUGAUCGACUUUCUCAGAGGACACACUGGAUGGUCAUCUUGGGGACAUAGUAGGAAGAAGUAUCGAGAAAAGUGAAGACCACUCACAACAAUAACAGGAACAUGUGCAGAGGGUUAUUUUGUUUUCAUCUCAGCGAUGCACCGCUCAUUUGAGGGUGGCAGUGGACUGCGCUAUGAAAAUUUCAUUGGGAACCCCUAUUCAUACUGCAACUCUGAUCUUGUGAAACCUCAUUCACACUACAACCCUGACCUUUCAAAACCUCAUUCACACUACAACCCUGAUCUUGCUCCUUCAGACUGCUCUCUGUUCCGAGAACUCAACACUGAAAAGGAACUCGGUUUGAUUCCCUCAAGGAUUCUAAAGCUGACGUUUUGACAUGGUGUAAAAGACUGAGAAAUGCCGGAGAGAUGGAGAUACCUAGAUGGAACAAAUGUUGAGAAACAAUAGCUUGAUUUGUUUAUUUAAUAAAGGUUUCUAUUCUUUUGUAGCACUA